GCGACGGCCGGAGCAACGAAGGAGCAACAGUGGCGGGAGGGCCUCUUCCCUCCCUCCCUCCUUCCUGCCCCCCCCCUUCCUUCCGCGGCCGGAGGGUCCCCGCGGCCUCGAGGCGUUUCCGAGGUGGUUUGAUUGAAGACUCCUGCCUCAGUUGAGAUUUGACCCAGGACUUUUCAGUCAAGGGGUACAAUCGGCUGUGAAAGCAAUGGAUGAGCCAAGAGCUGCUGAGACGGAUCGGGAACCAGGAGGAACGGAAAAAAACACCAGUGGAGUUUAUCACCAGCAUAAGACGGAGCGCCUGGGAUGGGGAGCGUCCCAACCUUGCCGAAGGGAGACCCGUCACAGGAUGCAGGGGCGCUGGGAAGCGCAGCUCCAGCAGUUCCUGAAAUCUGUGCAGCCCAUUUUAGCAGGACGGGGAAGCUCUGGGACGUCGGAGGCUUCUCCCUGGGAGGACACCAAGGAGUUUCUGGCCUCCUUUGAGCAAGUGGCCACAGCUUGCCGAUGGCCUCGGGACCAGUGGGCGGCCCACCUCCUGCCAGCCCUGAGCGGAGAAGCGGAAGAGGCCUUCCGAGGCCUGGAAGCCAGAGAGCAGGAGAGCUAUGAGAAGGUGAAGGCCGCCAUCUUACGGGCGGAAGCCCUGAGAACGGAGAGGCAGCGGCAGCAUUUUCGGCAGUUCUGCUGCCAAGUGGUAGAGGAUCCCCGGAGGAUCCACAGCCAACUCCGGGAGCUUUGCCGCCAGUGGCUGAAGCCGGAGAGACGCACCAAGGAGCAGAUCCUGGAGCUGCUGAUCCUGGAGCAGUUCCUGGCCAGCCUCCCACCGGAGCUUCGGAGUUGGAUCCAAGCCAGGAGGCCGGAGUCAUGUUCCCAGGCGGUGGCCCUGGUGGAGGACUUCCUGAGGAGUCAACAGGAGGCCAAGACCAGGAUAUCUCAGGGGCGUUUAAAGGAAAAAAACGUGGAUUUCCUACCGGCCGUUGCAGAGACAGAGGCCCCGAAUGCCACAAAGGGACCCAUCUACAGUGAAACAGAUCCCGAGGCCGAGGCCAAUUUGCUAGGCAGUGGAGGAAAAUAUCCAAGUCUCUCUCCUUUGCCAUUUCCUCCUGAAGGAGAAGAAGUGGGCCAGACUACUAGUGGGAAAGAGGGAUCCAAGGAUCUCAAGGAACCCGGAGGGUCUUUGCAGAUCGUGAAGCAGAGCGUGACCCAACCGGGCCAGCAGACGAUGCUGUGGCAGGUCCUGCAGGAGGACGAUGACGCGAAUACAGAUAUUUUGGGGGACGAAAUGGGAGAUUACAUCAAGGUGGAGAUUCCUCAGUGUGGAGAAGCUGAAGGAGAGGAUAGCUCCAGGAUGGGCUCCCAGAUCAGCUACAACCAGAUGCCUGUCAAACAUGAGAGGCUGGAAGGAUGCUCUGAGUCACGAGAGCCCCAGGAUGGAUCGCCCGUCGGGGCAGGAAAGGGAUCUUUUGAGCUGGGAGAAGUUCCUUGGAAAAGAUACCAGAGAACUGCCGUUCUGAAUUCCUCCCGCUUUCCUAGAGAGGCCGCUCAUGAGAUCCCGGUCGCCUUCCCAGGCCACCCACCUCCAGCCAAGAAGCCCCGGAGCGGUCCGGAGCACAGCGUGGUGUGGGACCACUUUGAGUUGGAUUCCGAGGACCCCUGCUACGGCAUCUGCACCCACUGCAAGAGACGGGUUAGCCGCGGCAAGAACUCCAAACAUUUUUCAACCUCUGGGCUGCUGAAACAUCUGCAGAGGCAUCACGGCAACAUUGUUCUGGCUGCCAUCGCCACGACGCAAGCCAUGUUGCCGACUAGCAGCAAGUCGAACGGACCUGUUCUGAUGCCAAGUGCUUUGCCUCAGUGCUGGACGAAGCAGAAGUCGCCCGGGAAAAGGCAGCCGGGUCCAAAGCCAUCGGAAGUGACCCGUGCUAUCGCCCAGAUGAUGGCUCUGGAUGACCAGCCCUUCAGCAUGGUGGAAGAGGCAGGUUUCCAGCACCUCUUGAAGUUGCUUGCCCCCAACUAUAAAAUCCCAUCCUGUACCGCCUUCAGCAGACAGAUUGUGCCCUCCCUCCAUCAGGCCUGUAGGGAGGAGGCCUUGGGGAUGCUUCAAACCCCAGGACCCGCUGCCAGCGUGAACAUGAACUCCGAUGAAAGUGGUAUCUCCCUUGAUCUGGAUUGUACCCCUCGGAUUGCAUCCCUCGGACACGGGAAGGUUUGCUGCGGAUCAACUCCUGGAGUGCAACGGCCCGUCGCCGGGAAAGCCGUCGGGAUCCAGCCCGAUCCAGCCCGAUCCGAGGCUCCACGGGCCGGCGGCGCCCAGGAGGGGGCGAGCCAGCCACGGGCAGAAAAAAACAAAAACCACGAAAAAAAGGGCCUCGGCGGGUCCGCCCCGGAACCCGAGGAGAACAAGGCCGAAGCGAAGCGUCGCGAUCCGCCCCGAGAAGGAAGCCGAGCAGCGGAUGCCUCCCGCGAUCCUUUCCCCCCGCGCUUUCUCCUUGCCGGUGACUUCCGAGGCGUCCGGCGAUCGUCCUCCCCGGCCAGCCCUGAACCUCCGCCGGCUGAUCUCCAUCGCUCCGGGGUGGGCUGCGGGUGGAGAAGGAGGCCCUUAACCGGAGCCCUCUUCCCCCUUGUGCCCGCGGGCCGCUGCUGGGCACCGGACAGUCUUCCGUUGGGAAUUAAAGCAAUGAAGGAGGGCAUUUCGGUGGAGCCCAAAUUGGAAGUGGAACCAGAAGGAUCCGGAAAAGUCACCACCCCUCUUCCGUUGGAAGGCAGGAUCAGGCAGCCAGGACAGGCAGCAUCCCCCAAGAACAAAGGGGAAUCUUGCACAGAGAGACAACAGCGCUGGGAGGCCCAGUGGCAGGAGUUCCUGAGGACGCUCCAUCCCGGAAGAGGUGGAAACCCCGUGAUGAUGUCAGAGGCCUCCCCCUGGGAAGACCCCAAGGCCUUCCUGGCCUCCUUUGAGCAGGUGGCCACAGCCUGCCGGUGGCCCGGAGGAGAAUGGACGGCCCAUCUCCGGCCGGCUCUGAGCGGAGGAGCGGAAGAGGCCUUCCAAACCCUGGAAGACCGAGACCAAGAGGAUUAUGGGAAAGUCAAGGCGGCCAUCUUGCGAGGGGAAGCCCUGAGGAUGGAGAUGCAACGCCAGCAUUUUCGGCAGUUCUGCUGCCAGGAGGUGGCAGAUCCCCGGAGGAUCCACAGCCAACUCCAGGAGCUUUGUCGCCAAUGGUUGAGGCCGGAGAGACGCACCAAGGAGCAGAUCCUGGAGCUGCUGAUCCUGGAGCAGUUCCUGGCCAGCCUCCCACCGGAGCUGCGGAGCUGGAUCCAAGCCAGGAGGCCGGAGUCAUGUUCCCAGGCGGUGGCCCUGGUGGAGGACUUCCUUCGGAGCCAGGAACAGACCAGCUCAGGAUCGUGGCAGGGUUCCUUAACGGAAGAGCGGAUGGAUUUCUUACACACCGAAGAAAAACCUCUGGAAGCUACGAAUAGAGAAAACGAUGAGAUAGAGAAGGAUGAUAUAAUAGACUUCGAGAUUAAUGAAGAGAAUUCACCUUAUGGAAAAAAUGCACCGGAAGAAAAAUACAAAAUAACUCCACAGACAAACUACAGGAAGAAUGAAGAGAUUGCAGAAAUGCAGGGGGAAGGAGCUGAGUCUGAAAACCAGCAGAGGACAAAAAGAGAGGAGAGAAAAAAUGAACGUGCAGAAUCCCUUAUCCCAAACACCAGUAAGUCCAGUAAGGAAGAAAUGCCGGUGUUCUCCAAAUACGGCAGAAGGUACCGCUAUCGAGUAGAACGCAAUGUGAUCCAUUCCAGCGAGGAUUAUGAAGAACGUCCCAAUUCGGAAGAAAAUAUCCGGCCUAGUCCCUCAUUUAGGUUACUGGAGAAAGCCCAAACCAGUGAGAAAUUGCACACAUUCCUUGAACGUGGGAAAGAAAGUCCCUGUCAGAACGAAAAACCCCGACAGUCUUCUGAAUACGAAACAAAUGUUAGCCACGCGGACUCGCUGAGGCGAAUUCCAACGUGUCCAACAGGAAAUAGACAGUACGAAUGCUCUCAGUGUGGGAAAUGCUUAAGUACAAGAAGGAACCUGAAAUUACACCAGAGAAGUCACACAGGAGAAAAGCCAUACAAGUGUUUUCAGUGUGGGAAGUGCUUCAGCCAGGCUGGAUGUCUGAAGACCCACCAAAGAUUUCAUACCGGGGAGAAACCUUACAAAUGUUCUCAGUGUGGGAAAUAUUUCAGGCAGGCGGGAUAUCUGAAGACCCACCAGAGAUUUCACACGGGAGAGAAACCUUACAAAUGUUCCCACUGUGAUAAAUACUUCAGUCAGUCAGGAUAUCUGAAGACCCACCAAAGAUUUCACACCGGGGAAAAACCCUACGAAUGUUCACAGUGCGGGAGGUGCUUCAGUACGGGAAUUAACUUGAAGAGACAUCAGAUGAUUCACACUGGAGAGAAACCCUAUAAAUGUUCACAGUGCGGGAAGUGUUUUCGGCAAGCAGGAAAUCUGAAGAGCCAUCAAAAAACUCAUACCGGAAAGAGACCCUAUCAAUGUUCUUAGCAGGAGAGGUACCGUAACUCGACUGACAACAGGCUGGUAGAGAUUCUCAGUCAUCCAAGUCAUGGUUGUCCCAAAGAUGCUGUGAUGACCCCG